AAUAUUAUCAUUGAUUGAUAGUUCACCGUGAAUCGUGAUGCGAACAACAAUACACUAUAACCGACAUACACGUGUGGGUAUAUAGUAUAUACUCUAUCAUAUUAUAAACGUCGGUCCUGGUUAACGAUAAACAUGAUCAGUUUUGGUGUGUACUUUUUUCCGUGAUUUUUACUGCAUUAUAUAUUUUUAUAUUCGUGCGAAUAACGUUUUAUUUGACAACAACAAUCGUUAUUUUACGUUGUUUCGGGUGCACCAGUACCGAUGGACCUGCACACGGCGUGUACACUGAAUCACCCAAAGGUGAUUGACAUGCUGACGCUAAGUUGGGGUCUGCGUUCCGAUUAAUCUCCCACUGCAUUCCAACGUCCAAGGGCAGUCGUCUAAAACAGGGAGAGGGCAAGUAGAGAGUACAAUCAUGCCCCCUGGCUUUUAGUGCAACAAUUUAAAUAUUUCCAAUAAAAAAGGAUGGACUUGCCUGAUGUAUGCUUGCUAUUAUGGAAACGAAAACCUUGUUGAUCGCAUAGUAGAUCUAGAUCCAAAAACAUUAUUCGCGACCAACAAUGAUAAACAAACACCUUUAAUGAUUGCCACGAUGUCCGGUAACGUGUCAAUAGUGAAGAAAACAUUUCAUGUUGACAUUUUGGAGAUGCCUGAUAAACUAGGCAGAUCAGCAAUGUUUUAUGCGGUAUUAUACAAUCAAGAAGAAAUAUUGGAGUAUUUUAUUGAAAAACAAGCCAAUUGUAAUGUAAUAGAUAACUUCGGUAAGACUAUGACCAUGACAGCUAUCUCUAAAGGAUUUCAGAGAGUAAUGAAAUUAUUGUACGAAUAUGAAAAUAGACACGAAAAAAACGUGUUGAAUACUACGUGGUCAGAAAAAUUAGAAAUGACCAGAAACAAUCAUCAAAACGACGAUCAUUUAGAUUAUCACGUGGAAAAACUACUAAGACAAUUGUCGUUAGAAAAAUAUUGGCCGGUGUUCGACAAACGAAACAUCCGGUAUAAUGAUUUCUUGAAGUUAUCUGAGCAAGACUUAAAAGAUAUCGGUAUAAAUUUAUUUGGUCCAAGGAGAAAAUUAAUAAUGACUAUUGACAAAUUAAAUGAAUUAAGGACAUCACAAGAACACUCGAGAAGUUGAAAAUUGUACAUUAAUAUACUUUUUUUAUUUUAUUUUAACUUUUAUUGAAUUGAUGUACCUUUAUAUUUUUUACCUAUAUAUAUUUAUGAUUUUUAUUUGAAUUUUUUAUUGAUGAACAUAACUACCAUAUUAUUUAUACUUACUACAUUAUUUUUAAAUAUUUUAACUUUAAAAUGUAUUUCUGCAUACUAUCACAUUUGAAAUUUCAAGAUAUGUAAGAAAUAAAUUAAUUUUAUACAGUAA